GAUAUUGUCGACAGGUAUGGCGAAGUGGGGUGAAGGGGAUCCACGCUGGAUUGUGGAGGAGAGACCCGAUGGAACUAACGUAAACAAUUGGCACUGGGUGGAAAAGAAUGCCACAGGUUGGUCAAAGGACAGACUGAAGGAACUUCUGACUGGUAUUGUAAUAGAAGAUGAUAAACAUUUCUGUGAAAUCAAGGAGGUAACAAGCAUUGAAGGGGAAGCAUCAGCAAAUAACAGAAAAGCCAAAUUAAUAUUUUUCUAUGAAUUUGUUAUCAAAGGGGAGUGGUCAGGUAAAUUUAAGGAUAGUGACAAAAAGUAUAAAGGGAAAUUUGAGAUACCAAAUCUGAGUGAAGAGAAUGAUACAGAUGAAAUUGAUUUUAAUGUCACAGUCUCUAAUGACUCGGAUGAAGCCUUCAAAUUAAAGGAAUUUCUACGGAAGACUGGAGUCACUCUGGUGAGACAAAAGAUGGCAGAUUAUUUAAAUGAUUUAAGGCAUGAGUACAGUAAAGGUGUUGUCUUGCCAACCAAAGGAGGACAACAGGCACCUGCUAAGACUGUAGCAGGAACAAAUAAGUCUAAAGAAGAAAUGAACAAGCAUGUGGUGGAUACCAAAGUUGCCAAACCCUUAGGGGUAAAAAUCCACACCAAGAAAAUUGUUGGGAAGGAGGAAUUCAAAUGUCGUGCUGAGGACCUGUACAGAGCUCUCACUGAUGUACAGAUGGUUCAGGCCUUUUCAGCUAGCCCAGUGGAAAUGGAAGUUGAAAAGGGAGGGCGUUUUUCUCUAUUACAUGGAAAUAUAACUGGUGAAUUUGUAGAAUUGAUUCCUAAUCAGAAAAUAGUACAACAUUGGAGAGUGAAAUCAUGGCCAGAUGCUCAUUAUUCAACAGUGACUUUUGAAUUUGAUGAAAAAGAUGACUGCACUGUGCUUAACUAUACACAGACUGGUGUUCCUGACACAGAAUACGAGAAAACAAAAGAAGGCUGGGCCAUCAACUACUGGAACAGAAUGAAACAAGUGUUUGGAUUUGGCUCUAGUAUAUACUAAUGGAAAAGAAAAUCUAAAUAUUCUAUAAAUUUACAAUUUCUGAGUGAUCUCCUCAAAUGUGUCUUGCAUUUUUGAUGGAGAAAUAAAACAAUUUGAACAACAGAAGAAGAGGAAAUUAUUUUGAAAUACCAUACAUUUAUCACUUUAGACUUCAUCAUCUGUGAUCCAUUACUGGCACACUUUGUAUCUUGAAAUGUAUUUGGGUUUAUAUUGUAAUUGAGUUAAGAUGUUUUGUGACAAAGAUUAUUGUUCCUUAGGAAGAGUUCUCCAUCCAUUUGUCAAUUGGCAAUUUUUGACCCCCCACAUAAACUCAACCAUUAUAAUGCUACAUCUGAUUUCUUGAUUUUCACAAUUUCUGGUUUUAAAAAUGCAUAUGUAAAUGCAGAGUAAGUGAAUGAAUGAUAGCAAAUCACCAUAUUAUGAGUAGCUCACUAAUAGACAUAUUCACAAAUGUCAAAAAUGUGAUUGUUGAAUGGUAGAGAUUGGAAUACUUUUUCUUGUCUACUUUUUGUUAAA